AUGUGCGACUUCACGGAGCUGUUUGGGGAGGAAAUAGUGCUGCUGGUGUUCUCCUUCCUGCCUGUGGCCGACCUCCACCGUGCCGCACGCGUCAACACCACAUGGAUGCGGAUUGCCCUCGACCAGCAGCUGUGGAAGAUCCGGUGCAAGAAGCGCGGGCGGAGGAGCGCGAUGGAGCACAUGGUGGCCUACUACAAAUCCAAGAAGCGCUCCGUGCCCUGGCGCGAGAUCUACUCCUUUUCGCCAACGGACAAAUCCGAGCACAUUUCGCUCACCGAGGACGACACGGUCGCGACGGCGCAGGACUACUCGAACGUGACGGUGAAGUGUCGGCAGCGCAUGGUGCCAUCGGCGUGGCAGCCGUUCCACUACUACCAGAUACUCGUCGUCGAGAAGAAGUACACCCACAUGUCCAUCGGCAUCACCGACCGCGACUGGGAGUACACCGGCAAUCUGGUGGGCUUUGGGCAGAACUGCUACAACUACGCGUUCCACAGCAACGGGCUCAUCCUCCACAACUCCAACUCGGAGGUGUCCAAGGUUGGCCUCUUGAAGGGCGCCCGCGCGUGCUCUCUGUUGGUCAUUGCUCCCCAGGCCCACCCGCAUCGGCUCACAAGGCUCGCGUGUGGGGUGUUGCAGGUGCCGAUGUAUGGGACGGGCGACAGCGUGGGGCUGCUGGUGCAGUACGAAGACAAGACGAAGCGACCAGCCGACGGCGAGCCGUCCUCGCACACCGGCGUCACGCUACAAUCCCGCACGUCCUCGUCCGCCGCCGGGACGGGAAGAGAAGGAGGGGAGAGCAACGGCGCCGACGGGGUAUCGUCGGCGAUGACCAUCGACACGGAAGCGGGAAACGAAAAGCAUCACAGCGGCGACGAUGAGGCCGAAGUGAGUGCAGAGAAGGCGGAGGUGAACGCCGAUGGGGACGAUAGUGGCGAGAGGGAUUUUGGCGACGGCGGCGACGGCGAAGGUGCCGGUGAUGGUGAGGAUGGUGGGAGUGUGCGAAUACGACGCCAGCGCACGCCGAUCGAAGUGUUGAUGCAGCUGGCAGCGACGGAGCAGCAGAAGCAGCAGGCUUCGAUGUCGUCCGACGCGUCGGAGUCGGAGUCGGCUCAAGCAAUGACCGAGCGGCCGCGGAAAGGACUCAAGCUGGUGCUAUACCUGUUCCUGAACGGGCAGUGGUGCUACACGUGGAACUACACCCGGCUGCCGCCUCACGCCGAGAUCGCCUUCACGGUGGCGCUCAACGGCACCGGUGCCUGCGUGGCCCUCAACAAGGAGGAGGACCCGGCCCACCGAGAGAAGCGCCAGGAGCUCCGCCGAGCCAACGCCAUAACAGCUGCCACGCUCCACCUUCCACCACCCCUCACACCACCCAACUCAUAA